GUUCUUGUAUGCGGUGUACCUGAAGUAUAAGUAUGGCUCAAACAAAACAUUAACAACACAUUAAACGUACAUUAAAAACUCCAAGGAAACCAUCCCCCACGGACAUACAAUUUAGCUUAACAGAGCAUGAGCUGGACAGAAUUGGAAUCAUACCGAUAGCUACCGAUAAACUUUUUGCUUUCCUACCGAUAACGAGGAAAACUAUCUGGUCACUCUGCAUCCAAUUUGUAAACAUUUGAAGCCUAAUUUGUAAACACCCUACUGGUUACAAAAAUAGUACACCCGAAUUCGCAUUCGCACGAUGCGCCACUUUUGAAUCGACACUUUUGAAUGUCAACGUUUACAGCCGUGGCAGGUGGUCGACAUGUUUCGGUUUCAAGCCGGCCAAAAUAAAAACCGGUUAAAUGCACUGAGGCAGGUAGGGAUAGGCGCGUCCAUGCGGUGCUUGUGAAGCGCCUAACAACAUGAAUGCAUUCAAAUAACUAGUUCAGGCGCUUUUUUCGGGCCGUGUUGUCGUUCGAUGACCAGCACGGAAAUGGCGGCACCGAAAAUGUCAAACGUAGAAAGAUCUUUAUACGUUUCUGGGUAUCUGUUUCAAGGUUGUUUAACCGGAGCAUCGCACAAUUCCACAAACAUUAUAGCAAAAACGAAUGACCAGAAUGGCGUCAAAGACCCCAGUAGCCAGCGGCUUCAUAUCGGCCGAUCUGAUGAUCUUGUUUCGAGAUCGUACACAGAAUGCCUGUUAAAGAUAAUAUUUUAUCUUGUACAAUUCAAAUGGAGGUCUCCAUCCCAUAUGGUUAGUAAGCCCAUCAGUUCUCUUCAGUUACAAUGGAACCGUUACAAUUACUAGGCAUCGGAGCAAUAGUGCUCUGGAGCUGUGGAGCGCUAGUUUAUGGAGCAACGGAAUGUCCUAAGAAACCCUAUCGUGUCGUGUGUUACUUGGCCAGCUGGUCCAAUUAUCGAGAAGGCAGCGGAUCGUUCAACAUUUCGUACAUAGUGCCGGAUCACUGUACCCAUCUGGUGUACACGUUUGCUGGAUUAAACAUUGGCGGUGGAAUUGAUUCACUUGAUUACUAUAACGAUAUAAACGUGAACAAGGGCUAUUCGAAGGUUGUUGCCUUGAAAGAGGAGAAUCCAUGUCUGAAGGUACUGCUUGCGAUUGGUGGAUGGAACGAGGGUUCGGAAAAGUAUUCACUGAUGGCUGAACGUGAAUCUACCCGGGAAGCAUUUGCGGACCAAACGCUGCGCUUCCUAGUACACUAUGGAUUCGAUGGAUUAGACAUUGAUUGGGAGUAUCCUACAAUGCGUGGAGGAAUACCUGAAGAUCGGGAAAACUUUAUUCUGCUCGUACAAGCACUGCGAAGUAAGUUUGCGCCACGCAAAAAGCUUCUGACGGCGGCCAUUAGUGCCUCCAAGGAGAUCCUCCAGAGUGGUUACGAUCUGCCGAAGUUGUGCCAAGAGCUCGAUUUUAUCAACCUCAUGACGUACGACUAUUCCAGUGACGUUAAGGCAGCACUGGAUGCUCCACUCUAUGGUGACUCAUCAACGGGAGAAACAAUUGAUACCACGAUCACUUAUGUCAGCAAAAGUGGCUGUCCGAUGGUAAAGUUCUCACUAGGCAUCACGACCCACGCCAAAACGUACACCGUUGUGCCGAGUCGUCUGAUGGCACCAGGCAUUAAUGCGGUUGGACCUGGCGCCCCGGGACGCUAUACACGCAGUGCCGGAUCUCUAGGUUACAAUGAGGUGUGCGAAAUGCUGAAACCGAACGGUACCUCUCCGAUCCAAUGGGUUAUCAAAUCGAUGGCACAGAAUGCCGUCAAGUACGCGUACCGCGAUGAUCAGUGGUUAACGUUCGACGGUGUCGAAACGAUCGGCACGAAGGUGAAGUAUGCAAUGGACAAAAAGCUCGGUGGCAUCAUGUUUUGGACGAUCGAUACGGACGACUUUCAGGGUGAUUGUCACAACGAGGCCUAUCCGUUGCUGCAAACCGCCCUGCGGAUGCUUGGCUAUGUGAAGAAACCAUGAGUUAUGCGGUGAACUCUGCAACAAUGGUGUACAAUAAAUUACGGCUUUAUGAAUGAAGAUAAAACAAAUGUACGAAAGCUAACCCGGAUGAGCUAUUAUCGACAUCGGUUAGGUAACGUUAACGUUUACUUUCAUCCAAUGAGAAACAGUAUCGAGAGUAGUUGACUUUAAAUCCCCUCACGAAGUCGGAUGUAUUUGCUGAUUAAACAGAGUGUUACAUAUGGAGACACGCGAUGGCAGGUCGUAAUAGAUCCACUUGAACGGUGCUAUAUUUGGUUGCUUAUGUUUGGUCAACGUUUUGGAAGAGUCUUAAUACCCAGCCAUCCACAAGCAAACGAGGUAUCGAUUUUUUCUUCUUUAAACUGCUAUUUAUUCAGCGAACCCCGAAUGGGAUUUCAAGCGGGGAACGCCUAAAUCAACGCCAGGGAAUGGAUCCUCUAUUUGCAUACGAAGUUCUUGACUGGAAGGUUGAGUUUGCUUUUGGAGACCGGUUUUCCCUUAUUCUCUUCCCAUAGAGUUCCAACCAAUGGUAUAGAAAACGAUCUGAAAAUAAUCUCGAUAGGGAUUUUGCUUUCGAUGCCCUAAAAAGACAGAGUUAAUUUUAAUCGGAGCUAUAAAAGUAUUGCUUCUAAUUAUGGUAAAAGAUUUAAAUUUAUAACUUUAAUGUUCAGGCAAAACCUCAAAACUUAAAAGUUAAGAUCCUGCUCGCUCUGACUCCAUUCACGAAAACUCCCCGAAUAGUUUAUUCCCAUUAUUCCAGUUCGUUCUGUCGCGAAAACUUUGUCUUCCUUCUUUCUUGCUUAAAUCUUUCGAUCCAGUGAUCGGCCACAGAUUCGCUUUCAUUUGGGGCCCACCCCAUAUCGGUUUCGGUGAUCGAUGGGAUUAUGUAAACUCUAAUCAGCAAGCCAAGUGGAAGAAGCGCAACACAGAAAGCCGGUUUUCGCUAACCCAUAGCGCCCAGAAUAAACUCUAUAAAUAUGAACCGUCCAGUAUCGGUGCAUCAUUAGUUACUGGUUCGAUUCGGCCCGAAGAGGAUCUUCGCUGGGUUUUGCUAUUUCGUUUUGUGAGCGUCAGAUUGUAACGUGUGUCGUGUUAGCCAUGGUACUGUUUCGAGGCCAUUUUCUACUGUCCGUGCUGGUGAUUGCACUGUUCGCGAUGAUCGUAAUGGCCGACACCAACACCAAAGACGCUAGUGCUGAACCCAGCGAGAAAACGCAACCGAAAUCGGUACGAUCUAAUUCACGACCCUUGCGUCCGGUUAGAGCUUCUCAGAAUGCACAGCAAAGAAGUACGUUGCACCAUCCAGUAGCAACAGCUGAUCUGAGGGAUAAUGCGCCAAUUCCACCCGCACCAAUUGCUGACAAAACGUCCAACCAGGAACCUGAAUACGAACAGCAGGUGCUCGUAGUGAAAGGCAAUCCCACCGGGGAGAAACUGGACGAAGAAAUCCGAAAAGCGAUCCGGGCACUGCUGGGACCGGAGCAAAGCGAUCAGGUACAGAUCCGUGAGCUGAAGAGCGAGGAAGAACUACGCCGAGUUGCUCCCGGUGCUCGUCCGAUCGGUGUGAGACUUGUGCAAUAGUGAUUUAGAUCAAUGAUAGGAAAGAGAUCUCAUACUGUGGAGCUCAUGUUACGAACCUUUCGAUGAUGGGAACAGUCAACAUUUUUAAACUACGCCUCAUUAAAUUAUGUAAACGUUCGCGUCUAUCUUGGUGAUGUUAAACAACAGUGUAACCUCAUCUCUACAAGAUAUGGUCGGGAUAAACCAACAAUAAAAUGUAUCAAAAAAAAACAAAA